UCAACCAUAUGCUAGCAUCUCUUUUUACCUCCCUGAACAUUCUCGUCGUCUUCUUCCACAGUUCCACUGCCUCGGUCCCAAAAACAGUGUCCUUUUUCUAAUUUGCAUAUUCAUUCGGAUACACUCCCAUAAAAUCAAUUUCAUUUUCACCUGCAACUCACUAUCUAUUCCCCUUCUACUAAUCUCCCUAUAGAUAGAUCCACCAAAAUUCAAACCCUAAACCCCCAAAACGACACUGUCUGAUUCAAAUCCAAGCCACCAGAAUUGCAUCCUCGAUCCAAGCUGGAGCAGUUGAAGACAAUUGGUAGGGAGCUCGCAAUGGGCUCCCAAGGCGGAUUUGGACAGUCCAAAGAGUUUCUCGACCUAAUCAAAUCCAUCGGCGAAGCCCGAUCCAAAGCUGAAGAAGAUCGAAUCGUGAUUAACGAGAUCGAAACCCUUAAAAAACGAAUCAUCGAGCCUGAUAUACCUAAAAGAAAGAUGAAAGAGUACAUAAUACGAUUAGUGUAUGUCGAGAUGUUAGGCCACGAUGCAUCGUUUGGGUACAUACAUGCUGUGAAAAUGACACAUGAUGAUAAUUUGCAUCUUAAACGUACUGGUUAUUUAGCUGUGACGCUUUUUUUGAAUGAGGAUCAUGACUUGAUUAUCCUGAUUGUGAAUACUAUUCAGAAGGACUUGAAAUCGGAUAAUUAUUUGGUGGUUUGCGCCGCGUUGAAUGCCGUUUGUAAGUUGAUUAAUGAGGAGACUAUUCCAGCAGUGUUGCCACAGGUGGUAGAGUUGUUAGGGCAUUCUAAAGAAGCUGUUAGGAAAAAGGCUGUUAUGGCACUUCAUCGUUUUUUUCAGAAAUCGCCAUCGUCCGUUAGCCAUCUUGUCUCCAAUUUCAGAAAGAGGCUAUGUGACAAUGAUCCUGGCGUAAUGGGUGCUACACUUUGUCCUCUUUAUGAUCUUAUUGCUGCAGAUGUUAAUUCUUACAAGGAUUUGGUUGUCAGCUUUGUAAGCAUUCUAAAACAAGUAGCGGAACGGAGGUUGCCCAAGAGUUAUGAUUAUCAUCAGAUGCCAGCUCCAUUCAUUCAGAUCAAAUUGUUGAAAAUUCUGGCAUUACUGGGAAGCAGUGACAAAAAAGCCAGUGAACAAAUGUAUACUAUUGUUGGUGACAUUAUGAGAAAAAGUGAUUCAACAAGUAAUAUAGGAAAUGCUAUUCUAUAUGAGUGCAUAUGUUGUGUUUCCUCAAUACAUCCUAACCCCAAGGUAUUAGAAUCUGCGGCAGAAGCAGUUGCCAAAUUUUUGAAGAAUGAUAGCCAUAAUCUAAAGUACUUGGGCAUUGAUGCGCUUGGUAGAUUGAUAAAGAUAAGCGCAGAAAUUGCUGAGCAGCACCAACUAGCAGUGAUUGAUUGUUUAGAGGUUAGAAAUGUUACUUCUCAGGACCCAGAUGACACACUGAAGCGGAAGACUUUUGAGCUGCUGUAUAAAAUGACAAAGCCAUCGAAUGUAGAAGUUAUUGUCGACCGUAUGAUUGAUUACAUGAUGAGUAUAAAUGAUAACCAUUACAAAACUGAGAUAGCCUCCAGAUGUGUCGAACUGGCUGAGCAGUUUGCACCGAGCAAUCAAUGGUUUAUCCAGACCAUGAAUAAAGUGUUUGAGCACGCAGGAGAUCUAGUGAAUUUAAAGGUUGCCCACAACUUGAUGCGGCUAAUUGCCGAGGGAUUUGGAGAAGAUGAUGAUACUGCAGAUACCCAGCUGAGAUCAUCAGCUGUGGAGUCAUAUUUGCGCAUCAUGGGAGAGCCAAAACUUCCCUCUGCAUUUCUCCAAGUUAUUUGCUGGGUCUUGGGGGAGUAUGGAACUGCUGAUGGGAAGUAUUCUGCCUCCUAUAUCACAGGGAAAAUAUGUGAUAUUGCUGAGGCUCAUUCAACUGAUGACAUGGUCAAGGCGUAUGCAGUAUCGGCGCUUAUGAAAGUAUAUUCAUUUGAAAUAGCAGCUGGGAGGAAAGUGGACAUGUUGCCUGAGUGUGAAUCAUUCAUUGAAGAGUUAUUAGCAUCACACUCAACAGAUUUACAGCAACGAGCAUAUGAACUUCAAGCAGUUGUUGGCUUAGAUGCUCGUGCUGUUGAAAAUAUUAUGCCAAUGGAUGCUAGUUGUGAAGACAUUGAGGUUGAUAGAGAACUAUCUUUUCUCAAUGGUUAUGUUCAAGAGUCACUGAAUAAGGGGGCUCAACCCUAUAUUCCUGAGAAUGCGCGAUCAGGAGCUUUAACUAUCAGCAAUUUUAGACAUGGAGAACAGCAUGGAUCCUCAGGACAUUCUCUUAGAUUUGAAGCCUACGAGCUUCCUAAACCCUCUGUGCCAUCAAGACCUUCUCCAGUCCCACCAGUAUUCUCAACCGAACUUGUUCCUGUACCAGAACCAACUUAUCACACAGAGUUUCAUGAAGCUGUUGCACCAAAGUUGUCCGCAUCUGGUACAGGCUCAUCUGAAAUCAAGCUACGACUUGAUGGUGUUCAAAGAAAGUGGGGUAAGCAAACUUAUUCUUCUUCCUCACCAUCUACUUCAGAUUCUGAUACCUAUAAGACUCAGAAUGGAGCAACACAGCGUGAUGUACCAAGCAGCUUAAGCUCAAAAACACGUGAUGUAUCAUAUGAAUCCAGAAGGCAACAAGAGGAUAUUAAUCCGGAAAAGCAAAAACUUGCUGCUUCCCUCUUUGGGGGCGCAUCAAAAUCUGAAAAAAGACCUGCUGGUGCUGGGCACAAGGCAUCAAGGCCAAACAGCCAUACUGCAGACAAGUCUCAUGCAGAAAAGACUGGACCUUCUGAUGGAGGUGCUGCUAAAGCAAGUCCCCAACCACCUCCAGACUUGCUUGACUUGGGUGAACCAACUAGUAUUAGUAGUGCAACUUCUGUGGAUCCGUUUAAGCAAUUGGAAGGCUUGCUUGACUUAAACGAAGGUACUCCAGCUCCAGGUUCUAGUGGAGAUAGUGCUACUAAAGCGCCUGAUUUUAUGUCUCUUUAUGGGAAUACUUCCUUCAGUGGGCAGAAUAUGAUGGGAACGGAAAAUCUCCUUUCAACUGCUGCAUUUUCACUUGCAUCCGACAGAAAUGGCCAUGGAACAGGUAGUACAGUUACAAAUUCAACACAAUUAAGUAAGGGCCCGAAUCAUAAAGAUGCUUUGGAAAAAGAUGCACUUGUGAGGCAAAUGGGUGUGACACCAACGAGUCAGAAUCCCAACUUAUUCAAGGAUUUGCUUGGGUAAAGUACAUGGACAUGGGUAUGUGUUGGAAGUCUAUUUAGGCCUUGUAGAGUCUUAGUUGAUUGAACUAGAUCUGUGGUGCUGGAAAGCUACAAAUAUAUUUGUUGGCAAAUUUUACAAUUGAAAAUACAAUUUGCGAGGAGCUAAUUGUCCUAUGAGCCUGGUAUUUCGCGUAGCAGUUGCACAUGGAAAAGUUUAUGUGAAAAUGGUUUCGACUGGUAAGGAAUAGGUGAAGCCACUUGAGCUUUUGACUUUGAGGUUUCCAGAGUAAAAUGGCUGGCAUGUUUUUGGCUCAGUCACGACCAUAGGUUUGCCAUGUGCUUCAAGACGUAUCACAGUUGUGUUUUAUGUGGAUCUUCCUUUUCCUCUUAUCUUAUUGAAACUAUUCUUUUUGCUUUUUCCUGGAGGCAAACUGUACCAUUUGGAGAGGUAUUGUACCCUUAUAUGAUGUUGUAAAGCAAUAAGCGUUUCUCAGGUUAAAUGUUGUAAUACUGGCUUUAUCAGUUGAAUGUGGAUUCAGUUCGAAGGCUGCUUUGCAGAAGCUUUGUUAUUUCUUGAUA